CCUCAGUUCUUCUUUUCUUUUUUUUUUUAAUUUAGCAUUUCAUUUCAGAAGUUUUUAAUAUAAGAACCGUGUACAAAUUUGACAUACAACAUUUCAGAAAGUGAACAUACAGAAGAGAAACAUAAGGAAGAUGACAUAAUAGGAGAUCUCCCACUCAUAUCCCCUUGCAUUUUAUGACAGUCAUGCCCAAGCAAAGAAGCCUUUAUGGGAGUUUGGGGACUUAUGUGUUUUUGAAAUCCUGGUGGAGACCAAGAUUGAAGAGUAUGAUUUUGAGAAAGCUGGACCAUGACCCAUUAGCAGAUUUUCCAGUGAUAGUCCUGGCAACAGAAUAAAAAAUGAGCACAUUUCACUGUAGAUAUGGCUAUAUAUAACGUAUAUUGUUGCAGGAAAAUGGCAAAUUAAAACUGACACUUAUACCAAAAAUACGGAGGAAGGAACAUUUAAUUGCUGGUGAUAGGUGUCUCAAGGCAUAAAAUGCUGAAUUCUGGUGCACAGUUCUCUUGAAACUCUCUUAUAUCUUUUCUUCUUCAGUUCAAUAUUAGCUACAUAGUUAUGGUUACAGAUGUUAGAUUAAAGGAAAGUCUUUAAUUAGUGAGAAAAAAGUCACAAAGAGUACAAAGAGUUAAUGAUUGUAUUUCUCAAGCAACCAGGGUGUUUUAUUAAUUACAGAGUCUUUUUUUUUUUCUUUUCAAGGUUAUUUUAGCUCAGUGUAAAGUUUGUUCUUUUCUUUGAGGGAGGAGUACUUCUGCAGCUGCCUGUUGCUUUUUCAGGAUCAUUAAGAAGUAUAAGAUUUAUUUCUCCUUCCUCAUUCCCUCCUUUGAGACCCCAUCAAUCAGGAAUGAGGUCUCAUCUCAUUCAUUAUUGGUGUAUAUGGCUACUUGAUAAUUAUCAUUGAGCCAUGAACACUUUGCCUGCAUUCUCUAUUUUAUUUUUUUUGGUGGUUUUUGGCCGGCUGGGUUUGAACCCGUCACCUCCGGCAUAUGGGACCUGCGCCCUACUCCUUUGAGCCACAGGCGCUGCCCUGCCUGCGUUCUCUUUUAUCACAAUUGCAGAGACUAUGCUUUUGAGAAAUUGAACAAAGAUAGGUAACAAGCAAGGCAAAAGCAAACAUCCUCCGAUUAUAAAAAGGAAACUUAUAAUCACAGUUUUAACUCUUCUUAGUUUGGUAAACCAUUUACUGAAUAAAGAAUCUGGGUUAAACCUAUUUACACUUGUUUAGGUACUUGAGUUAUUUUAGUUAUCUUUUUGUUAUAGCUUCAAUUACUUGUCCUUCAUCAAUCUGUAAGCAACAGUUAGUUAAAUUGAAAUUUCCACCUUUCCUCCUCCCACAAUCCUUUGAGCUCUUUCUUUACAACUUGGGCCGGCAGAAUGGCUCCCAAAAAUAAGGGUGGUGAGAAGAAGGGACAGUUUGCCAUCAACGAGGUGGUGACUCAAGAAUACACUAUCGACAUUCACAGGCACAUCCAUGGAGAGGACUUUAAGAAGCAUGUCCCUCCGGCACUCAGAGAGAUCUGGAAAUUUGCCAUGAAAGAGAUGGGGGCUCUAGAUGUGCACAUUCAUACCAGGCUCAACAAAGCUGUCUGGGCCAAAGGCAUAAGGAAUGUCCCAUACUGUAUCCAUGUACGAUUGUCCAGAAAACGUAAUGAAGAUGAAAAUUCACCAAACAAGCUCUAUACUUUGGUUACUGAUGUACCUGUUACCACUUUCAAAAAUCUACAGUCAACAUGGAUGAGAACUGGUGAUUGUCAGAUACAUAAAUAAAGUUACAAAAAAAAAGAGGGUGGAGCCUAUGGCUCCAUGAGUAGGACUCUGGCCCCAUAUACUGAGGGUGGCGGGUUUGAACCCAGCCCCAGCCAAACUGCAACAAAAAAAUAGCCAGGCAUUCUUGCAGGUGCCUGUAGUCCCAGCUACUUGGGAGGCUGAGGCAAAAGAAUCACCUAAGCCCAGGAGUUGGAGGUUGCUGUGAGCUGUGACACCAUGGCACUCUACUGAGGGUGAUAAAGUAAGAUUCUGUCUCUAAAAAAGAAAGAAAGAAAGAAAUUUCCACACACUCCUCCUCCAGCUGCUAGAAGGUAGUCUAAGGCCAAUAGGUUUUGACAAAUAGGAUUUUUCAUUGCGUUUCUUCAUGGGCUAGUAGGGUUAAGGCU